ACAAGUGUGUGAAUGUUCUGACCACAAGUUCCCAAGCAGGAAAGGUGCUAACAGCACGGGACUGAACUGCAAACAGUGUGAGGAGACGCUAAGCAGACCUCCCUGCUCAGCUGAUUUCUCCAUGUCCUACAGCGAUGUAAUUGGGGUGAGAAAAUACCCUUUGCUUUUUAACAUGUCUAUUCCACACCAUGAGGAAAUGGUAAUGGCUGAAUUGAAACUCUACAUGCUUGUACCAAAUGCCAGGAUGAAGUAUGAUGGUGUGAACAGGAAAGUCACCAUCUAUGAAAUACAUAUUGAACAAGAUGGUACGAGAAAGGCAUCUGAACUGGCAUCUAGGUUGGUCUACAAAACCAAAAGUGAAUGGGAAAUGUUUGAUAUCACAGAGGUGGUUCGACGCUGGAGUAGAUCAGAAUUGACUACUCACAAGUUAGAAAUACAUUUACAAAAUUCAGAUGUUGAUAUAGAAGCAACUGGAGACGGAAACCUAGACAUAGAUAUAAGGCCAGAGACAAAGCAAGAACCACUACUUAUUGUUUUUUCAGAUGACCAAAGCAGUGACCGGAAAGAAGAAAAAGAGGAAUUGAAUGACAUGAUCAGUCAUGAACAGGAACUUGGUCAGGAUAAUGAUAAUCUUGGAAAUUUAGGCAAUAUGCCCAGCGAGGAGUCAUUGCUGCAGAUGAGAUCCAAUAUCAUUUAUGAUGCCAGCUCCCGAAUCAGGAGGAAUGCCAAGGGUAACUAUUGCAAAAAGACCUCACUCUACAUCGACUUCAAAGAGAUUGGAUGGGACUCCUGGAUUAUUGCCCCAUCAGGAUAUGAGGCCUAUGAGUGCCGAGGUGUUUGCUCUUACCCUCUAACGGAACAUGUCACACCAACCAAACACGCAAUAGUGCAGACACUAGUCCAUAUGAAGAAUGCGCAGAGGGCAUCAAAAGCCUGUUGUGUUGCUACAAAACUUGACCCAAUAUCCAUUCUCUACUUGGAUGCAGGAGUGGUUACCUACAAGUACAAAUAUGAAGGCAUGGUAGUGUCAGAGUGUGGUUGCAGAUAGUAAUAACAAAGUAUGUGUACACAAGUUUUUGUUUUGUGUAAAUAUGUACAUUUUGUAUUUCCUUAUUUAAAGAGUUUAUUUAAGAAUGUGUGUACAGAUAAUAUAUGUUUUUAAAAUUGUUUAAUAGAGUUCAAAUUGUGCCUUUAAUUAAAUCAAGAUGUGAACUGUAAGGUGCACUAUUGUAAAAUACAGCUUCAUAAUGAUGAUACAUUUAUAAACAGGCUAAACUGCUAGUAAUCUCCUUCAUAUAUGCCACCCAACAAUUUGGAAGCAGACUGAUUUAGAUAGCAGUUCAGGACUACAAUGCACUCAGGAACUAAGUCCCACUGUUGAUAAUGAAUUUUAACUUCUGCAAUGCUCUUUUUUAUUCAAUAAAGACAAAUAUGAGUAAA